UUAGAUUGUUUGUUGGGGUGGCCUCCGAAGAACACACAGCUCUUGCAUCGGCGAAGCCAUCAAUCAGCAGCAGCCAUGGUGAAGUAUUCUAAGGAACCAGAAAACCCCACCAAAUCUUGCAAAGCCAGGGGAUCAGAUCUCAGGUGUCAUUUCAAGAACACUCGAGAAACUGCCCAUGCUAUUCGUAAGUUGCCUUUAAUUAAGGCCAAAAGAUACUUGGAGGAUGUUCUGGUUCACAAACAAGCCAUUCCAUUCACCCGUUUCUGUCGUGGAGUUGGGCGUACUGCACAAGCAAAGAAUCGUCAUUCCAAUGGACAAGGGCGUUGGCCUGCCAAGUCUGCCAAGUUCAUCUUGGAUCUGCUAAAGAACGCAGAGAGCAACGCAGAAGUCAAAGGGUUGGAUGUGGAUGCUCUUCACAUCUCUCACAUCCAGGUGAACCAAGCUCAGAAACAGAGACGUCGCACAUACCGUGCUCAUGGAAGAAUCAACCCUUAUAUGUCCUCUCCCUGUCAUAUUGAACUUACCUUGUCUGAGAAAGAAGAGCCUGUUAAAAAGGAGCCUGAGACUCAGUUGGCUCCUAGAACCAAGAAGAAUCAAUCUUAAAUCUGAGAGACUUGGAGUCAUAGUUUGCUGGUAGAAAGAAUUCUGGUUUUGUUUUGAUUUGUAAUCUCAAAAACUUGUUUCCAUUUCCAAAGAUUGUUAUCCAAUGCCCUUAUAUGAGAUAUGAUCAUGCUUCAUGAAGUUAAAAUAUUUAAUGAGACGUUUCUUUCAAGGCUGAUUUCAUGA